ACUCUCUGAUAAUCAGUCGCGACAAAAUUUCACCCCAGAAAGGAUGUACAACUCGACGCCCAUGAUCGGCUCAGAUUGCGGAAUCGUCGUAUGGGGGCAAACCGUUCAUCUCAUUGCCGUCAUAGAUCAUACUUUUACAAGCAGGACAUCGAUGUUUCAAGUCGAGACUCAGGAUUACGACGACGGUCACGACACCCGAUGGCCCGGACAGUUCAACGUGCUGAGAUGUUACUUUUCAGGCUGCCAGAAAAGCGCUACUCAUGGUUCAAGACGGACGGACUGACCGACCCAAUUUCAAUCAAGUGUUUCUCACCGCCAGCUUCAAAUUCAGUGGCCAGAUAUACGGAGACGAGCAGUGCUGUUUAGCGCGGAACGGAAGAAGCUGGUCUGUGCGGCUAGGGCAACGGGAAACAUAAAUUGGAACGUCGAUUCUGGUGCAACCACCCCACCAGCUCCAAACCCCUGUCUGAGGCUGGUUGGAAGGACUUCACCAGCCAUGACGUCGAUCGGCCCUACAAUAGCUGCCACUCUGAUUGACAGGACGGUCGUGUUUGAUCAUAUACAGCCUUUUCCGCUCAAAUUCAACUUGCAAAAUCAUUGUGAACGGUACUCAAUCUCAACGAAGGCAAAGGACAACCCGAUUGAAUACUCAUUGCAACGUCUCGCCGAACAGAACUACUCCGACUCCUUAGAACCGAGGAAUAGCAGCUGCCAGCCCUGUCCGGAUUCACCUCCGUUCGAGUUUGGAUCGCAGGGGUAUUCCCAGUGCGGCGUCCCAGAGACAGGUGCUUCGAACGUGUGGAAAUUGAGUUAUGAAGCAAAGCGUCAUUUGCUGCUCACCGUCGCUCUUCAGCGGUGCAAACGCUCUUUGGCUGUGGAUACACUGAAUGCUUGAAACGAGCCAGGGCAAAGUCGUUAAUCGUACACUAACAAAGUCUCGUUGAGGGCUUGCCCGCCCAAGUGGUAGCAACCCCAUCUAAGAGGAACUGGGGAAAAAGCUUGCUGUUGGACGAUAGAACGACGCGCUACCCCUGACGGCAAUGAAGAAAAGGGCGAACAUAGUUUGAUAGGGACAGCCCUUCUUUCCUGAUGGUGGGGAGCAUACUCAAGAUCGAAGGUACGCCUUCAAGCCACCAGUGGAGUGGAAACCUACACGGACGUCGCGGUUCACGGACAAAUGCGUAGGGGGUGUGAGAAGGGAAAAUGGGGGAGAACAGUGAUCUUGGCUGAGACGGGGACUUCAUUGGCAAAAUGGGAUGGCACAUCACGAUAGAAUUGUAGCUGAUGAUCGUACCAAGUAGGAUUUAGUCUCAUACUGCUCAUGUUACAGCCACUUCUUCAACCUUC